AUGCAUGAUACAAAUGAGCAACGUGAACCCGUGAUUUUGAGCAUUCUGAGUUUUUGCAUUCACUUUGGGAUUAAAGAAAUGCAUUACAAUGUCCUUACUUCCACCCACAACUUCCUCAUCUACGUCACACUGCUGUGGAUCACUCCUUUCACCCUGAAGAAGCUGGACAGUAUAUGA